AUGACUCUGCUGCAGGGGUGUGGUCAGUCCAGAAUCUCUGGCCGAAUUGUUGAGGGAGGGGACGCUGCAAGGGGCCAGUGGCCAUGGCAGGUCAGCAUCCAGUACAAUGGACACCACUGUUGUGGUGGGUCCCUCAUCUCAGCCCAGUGGGUUGUGUCAGCAGCUCAUUGCUUCCUGUUCUCUUUCUCCCAGUCUGCCUAUCAUGUGAACCUUGGGAAGCACCAGCUGUCCAAUCCCUCCCUAAGCUGGGUCUCGUCCCCUGUGCGCCAGAUCUGCAUCCACCCCGAUUACAACAGGGGGACCCGUGCAGCCAACAUCGCCCUCGUGCAGCUGGCGGAGCCAACGCUGCAGGAGGUUCAGGUCCAGCUGAUAGACACUGCAGCCUGCAACGUCCUCUGCAACAUCCACCCAGCCCUGAACUUCAGCAGGGACCACAUCAAACCCGACAUGAUCUAUGCCAGCUACGCCAAAGGGCAGAGGGACUCCUGCCAGGAUGACUCUGGGGGGCCGCUGGCCUGUGACCGCAAUGGGACCUGGUUCUUGAUGGGAUUUGUGAGUUGUGGGGAUGGCUGUGGCCAGCCCAAUCAUCCCAGUGUCUAUGUCCGGACAGUGGCCUACGGUGAAUGGAUUUGA